GAUAAACCAGAAAGGGCUGAAACUUUAAAUCUGAGGACUCGUGUGGAAAGGGCAGAAGACACUUGUCGCCCCCAGCAAACAUUAGCCGGCGAAGAAGAAGGAAACGACACGAUCUCCCUCUACAAGCGUGUAGCUUUGGUUGGCAAUCUUCUAUAAUGGGGUCAUACAUGAACUUCAAGGAUUUUGGGGACACAGUGCUGCCGGAUGGUAGUGGGGGGACACCAUUGGGUAAUUAUCCAUUGGCUCGACAAUCUUCAGUAUAUUCCUUGACCUUUGAUGAGUUCCAAAAUACCUUGGCUGGACCUGGAAAGGACUUUGGAUCUAUGAACAUGGAGGACCUUUUGAAAAGCAUUUGGACAGCUGAAGAGACUCAAGCCAUGUCUUCUUGUCCUGGUGGGGGAGAUGCGAUGGCCAUGGGUGGAAAUUUGCAGAGGCAAGGUUCUCUAACAUUGCCACGCACAUUAAGUCAGAAAACUGUUGAUGAAGUGUGGAGAGAUGUGCUCAAAGAAACUGUUGGUACAAAAGAUGGAAGUGGUGGUGGGGGAUCAAAUUUGGAGGUGAGGCAGCCGACUUUGCGUGAAAUGACAUUAGAAGAGUUCCUGGUAAGAGCAGGGGUUGUCAGAGAAGAUAUUCAGCCUUCUUGGCCAGCAAAUAACAAUGGAAUCUAUGGCAGUUUACCUCAGCCCAGUGGUUUCAAUAAUGGUUUAACUACAGGAUUUCAACAACCACCUCGUAACCAAGGUGUGUUGGGUAAUCAACUUGGCGAGAACACCAAUAUAAUCCAUAAUUCGCGAGCCUUAGAGAAGAAUAUGGGGGGUGUUGUAUCUCUUGAGCAACAACCUAGGCAGUCACAGACGCAGCCUCUUUUUCCCAAACAAACAAUAGUGACAUUUUCAUCUCCUAUGCAACUUGGUAACACAGGAAACCAGGCUAGCCCUGGGGCAAAAGGUCCAGUAGCGGGAAUAGCAAAUCCUCUGAAUAAUACUCUAGUUCAAGGUGGAGCAGUGGUCAUGGGGGCAUUACGCAAUGGAGGCACGACAGUUGCAGGAGGGUCUCCUGGAAAUCAUCUACCUUCAGAUACAAUUGCUAAGAGUGAUGUAGAUACAUCUUCACUGUCCCCUUCUCCUUAUGCAUUUCGUGAAGGUGGUCGAGGAAGGAGAUCAUCUAGUUCUUUGGAGAAAGUAGUGGAGAGAAGGCGUAGGAGAAUGAUAAAAAACAGAGAGUCUGCUGCAAGGUCACGGGCUCGGAAGCAGGCAUAUACCUUGGAAUUGGAAGCAGAAGUAGCAAAGCUCAGAGAAAUGAACCAAGAGUUGCGGAAAAAACAGGCAGAAUAUAUGGAGAUACAGAAAAAUCAGGUAUCAGAAACAACAAAUAUGCCACGGGGAGGUAAAAGAAUAUGUUUGAGAAGGACAAUGACGGGACCUUGGUAGAGUUAAGUCCACAAAUUUAUUGACCCCCGCCAUUCGUGAAUAGGAUUGGAUGGUGUGUUAUAAUCUGAUUCAGAUCUCAUUAUAUACAUAAUGUAGGUAGUUUUAUGUACAGAAGCAAAGAGUGUCUUGCUGUAAAAUUACAGAACCAUUAUUGUAUUAUGAGAUUCGGGUUUGUGUGAUAUCUAUUUGCUUCUCAUCUGA